AUGACUACUCUGUCAAUACGCUCCCUGGGACCUCUUGUCUACUUGUGCGGUGUGGCGGCGGCCGGCUAUGUAUCACCUACCUUGCCCCAGAAUGUAACAAACGGAAAUUCCAAAUGGGGGACUCUAGACAUGGCCACGUUCCCCGACUCUCUCUCUAACAAUCCUAUGCCUGGGGGAAAGCCAUGGGGUCCUCGCCACAACCUGUCAAACAAUCCCUACUUCGACCCCCCAGUGACUGGAGUGACCCGCUACUAUGAUUUCGACAUUCGUCGGGGCAUCCUCGCCCCCGACGGAUUUGAAAAGAGCGGCAUAUUCGUCAACGGGCGGUUCCCAGGCCCGGCCAUCGAGGCCAACUGGGGUGACUGGAUCGAGGUCCGCGUUCACAACAAUAUCGAGGACAUUCACAACGGCAAGCAGGAAGGUACAGCCAUGCAUUUUCAUGGCAUCACACAGAAGGGAACGGUUUGGUUUGACGGUGUGCCUGGAGUCACCCAAUGUCCCAUAGCACCGGGCUCAAGUUUCACCUACCGCUUUCGAGCUGAUGUGUACGGCACGUCGUGGUACCACUCGCACUAUUCGGCUCAGUACACUGCCGGUGUCUGGGGUCCGAUGAUCAUAUACGGGCCGAAGCACGUCCCGUAUGAUGUUGAUAUCGGGCCUGUGAUGCUCGGAGACUAUUACCACAGCGAGUAUCACGAUGUGGUCGCCGCCGCCGCUAGUAACUCGACCGACUUCAACGUCUACGUCCCUUGGUCAGACAAUAGUCUGAUUAACGGCAAGAACAACUACAACUGCUCCAUGGCCCCUCGCAACUCAACAUGCUACUCCAACGCCGGCCUCGCCCAGUUCCGGUUCCAGCCGGGCAAGACUCACCGCCUCCGCCUGAUGAAUACCGGUGCUGCCGCCCUGGUUCAUUUCAGUAUUGACGGCCACAAGAUGAAGGUCAUUGCCAACGACUUUGAACCGCUCGUCCCUUAUGACGCCGACUUCAUAACUCUGGGUGCCGCUCAGCGAACGGAUAUUCUUGUCACGGCAGAUGCCAAUCCCAACGAGACCUACUGGAUGCGCUCGACCAUUACGCGCAACUGCUCCGUCACCCACAACGCCGAGGCAAAGGCCGUCGUUGCCUAUCAGGGCAACUCCAAUAUUCAACUGCCCAGAAGCAGGAUCAGUGCCGCUGCCGCCGCUGCAGACGAGAAGUCUUUUCUGUGCAAGAAUGAUGACCUCAACAAGACGGUCCCUUUCUUUCCGCAGGCUGUUGAUCCCGAACCCGACGCGCUGGAGGUUAUCGAGGUGGACCUGUUUACAAACGCGACUGGCCAUCAUGUCUGGAUCAUGAACAACAGGACGCAGUACACAGACUACAACCGCCCGCUCAUGCUUGAGGCGUACAAGGGCAACUUCACCUUCCCCGACCCCAAAGCCAACGUGUACGACUUUGGCACCAACAGGACCGUGCGCAUUGUGCUCAACACCAUCUACCAGAGCGCGCACCCUAUGCACCUGCACGGCCACAACUUCCAGGUGCUUGCUGAGGGACCUGGAAAAUGGGAUGGCAAGACGAUCAUCAACCCCAAGAACCCCCUCAGGCGCGACACGCACAUGCAGCGUCGCUACGGGCACCUGGUCCUUCAGUUCACGACGGACAACCCGGGCGUCUGGUCGUUGCAUUGUCAUAUUGCGUGGCACGCAUCCAUGGGGUACAACAUCAUGAUACUGGAGAGACCGACCGAGCUGGCCAAAACGCCAAUUCCGUUCGUCAUGGACGAGACGUGUAGCGGCUGGGAAAAAUGGACCAGUACUCACGUGGUGGAUCAGAUUGACUCUGGCAUUUAG